AAGUAUGAUGUGAAGAAUUAUGUAGAACUCGUAGGCUCCUGUCCACCUCGGCCUUCAGCCUCAGUGGAUAAUAUCCCCUCGAUCUACAUAAUUCUUCAUACCAUAAAGAAUGUAGGUGUGAAUGUCGCGAUGGUACUGACGUUUUCUUGUAUAUAUUUAUCACAUUUCACAUCACUAUAUUUGAUAAAAACUGGAAAUAGAAAUAGUUUUUUUAUGGACCAAUUUAAGCCGAACUAUCAAGAAAUCUCUAAUUAUCGAGAAAACGAAUAUUUCUACUGGAAGGUUUCUGAUCGAUUUUUCACGCGUAAAGACACUCAUGCUGCUGGUUUUUUAAAGGUACAUCGAAUCACAGUAAGUAGAGGAGACUGGUGAGGAAACCCGGCAAACAUCAAAGUUAAAUACAAUGGUGCUGUAGGUUGUGGUGGAGGCUCCCUGACCGUGCGCUAUCCUUUGUUUUCUGUUCACAAAUUAUGACUAAAUAAAUCAAUGCAAUGUUUCUAUUGGUCAAUAUCUUCAAAACGAUAGGAAUGCUAUUGAACGUUGGGCACGGUCAGGUCCAAAAACGUUAACAAAAAACCUAUGACAAAGGGUUUCCCAACCAUUUCACUAUAAUUAACUAUGAUAGAAUUGACUUCAUCGUAAUAAUCCACUCGAUAAUCCAUCAGCUGAGGACAUAUACUUCUCAAAAGGUUCUGCGCCCGUAAAUCUUGGGUUUCUAGAACUUUUCUUAUCGAUGUAGGUUACCAUGGCAAUUUUAAUUCCUGUACUGGCAAGCUUGAUUGCGACUUCAUCAAAAACGGAUCUCUUUGAACAUCGACGACUUUUUUCAUAAUGAACCAAAUUCGUUGUACAUUAGUCAGUAUAUUUGUGUGUGUGUAGCCAAAAGCAUUAGUCAUUUCGUAGUAUCACAACAAUCAGUGCAGAAAUCUUCACUCUACUUCCAUCUCCCCUGGUCGGUAGUGCACUCGCUUCAGAUCUGACCCUAUGAAAUACGUAGGGUCAAAACUUAAGCUCAUUUUAUUCUGUCGCUUUUUAAUUUUUUUUUCGCGUUUAUAUCCUCAUUUAUGAUUAUUUUCCAUGUUAUAAACGAAUCGUAUGGCUAUUAGCUAGUGCCUUUCAUAAGCCCUAUCAAUUUUCUUCUUCUUCAGUUUUUCUUAAGACGAUUGUAAAAACCAAGGAGAACUGAUUUUAAUACCAAAGGUUAGGUAAAAUUUUGGGGGUGCAAACAAGUUGAAUGUCGGGGUAUGUACUUUUUGUGUAGUUGGUGAAGUUAGUUUUGGAAAAAAGGUUCGUAUGAAAUACGCGAACGAAUUAUCAAAUUUAUUCCUUACUUGUAUUUUUUUACUUAAUUGGAUCCGUACUUACUAAACUGUGACAUGCUUUCCUUUGGCGCUGUUUAUUUUGCAGCGCAAGGAGUUUUUAACUGUGAAGUCUGCAGGGAAAGAUCUAAGUGUUUGCAUCCAAAGUUUGGACCGCACUCUUAACCAGAAGAAGUUUUUAUUAUAUGAAUACGGGAUGAAAUCCUGA